AUGCACUCCCCCCGUGACAAGGACCUGGCACCCUUAUCUCGGAAACACCGUCUCAUGGCUGCAGCUAUGCCCUGUGAGGACAGCCCUCUGCCCGGUAACAUAUCCAGGAGCGACCGGAAUGGAUUAGCAGGACUCAUUCAUUGUUUUAUAUGUGGCAGCGGAGUUUCUCCAGGGAAGGAAAUAAGGUUGCAGGUGGCAUACCAGAAAGAAAGGAUUCCCUUUUUCCCGUUUCUACAGAACCAGGAGCCAGCACCGGGUGCGUGUGAAGUGAGCCCGGAUGGACAUGCGCUGGUGUGCGCCGUGUGCCACUGUUUCCUGUCGGAGCAGUGGAACUCCUUCGAGCGGAGCAGGACGCCCAUUGAGAAGCGCAUGUACUGGUUAAAACGGCCCUACCAGUACGACUCCCGGCGGGUCCCGCAGGAGUGGAACAUAUCCUAUGACCUGGAGAGGAGAAUCGGCAUCGGCGGGGGCGCAGAGUCGGAUUUCUCCUCUUUUUCUGAAAACGAGAACAUGUCAGACCAAGAGAUGGACAUGGUGGACAGAGCCGGCGUGGGCAAAGACAAGUGUCUGAGAGCAGCGCCUGGCAAAUCGCCGAGAGAUAGUGGCAGGAAAAACAAUGUCAUCAGUGUUAAAAACAGCCCGGAUUCACAGCGGGCGAUCCGCUACCCGGUGGGUGUUUAUGGGGCGCAGAGAUCACCAAAAGCGGAGAGUGUUUUCCCUGCCAGGCGCGGGUCUAAGAUUCUGAAUAACCUCUGUCAAUCAUCAGAAUCUCUGGUAAAGAGCCAGGAGAGAUUCCCCCAGCGAUGCUAUGACAGCCCUCUCUCUGACACACCUGUGCAAGACAACGGGGUGAUUAUGCGCAACAGGCGAUGGCUGGAGGAGGGGAAUGUGAGACACGCGGAGCCGCGUCAGAUCCAGCGUGUUGUCGACGGCAGCUGUGCUGCGUCCAGACAUCCAUCACUGCUGUACCGAGGAGCGGGCGAGGACCACGCCAACGCUGCUGUCACCACUAAAUGUAACACAGCAGUGCACCAGGAAAACAACUCUGACAACUCUGAUGAAGACGAGAUUAAUAUAACAAGUGAUGAUGAUGACGACAGAGACAUGUAUGAGGGCAGAACAGGCCCAGCUACUCAGGUGAGAGCUGCCAGAGAGCUGUCAGUGAGACAGGGUGUCCAGCAGCAUGACACUGUGAGCUCCAGGCCAGAGGAGCGCGUGUGCUUCAUCUGUGGCACUGGGCUCAGACAUGAUGACAGUUUCCAAGUCAGCGUUCAGAAACAGGAGAGGGCACAAGGCGAGCCCUUCUUCCCCUUCCUGUGGCUUCACUCCCCUCCCCGCGGUGCGGUGCCCAUCAGUGUGGCAGGUACAACCCUGGUAUGUGGAAGCUGCCACACUUCCCUCAUGCAGCAGUGGCAGAGCUUCCAGCUCGCCGACGUGCCUGUCCUUCAGCGCCUCUAUGUCGUCCCCCUCAACCAGACCACCAGUGCUCUCCAUGCUCCGCAGCUCACCCCCCAGGAGGGAAAGGCCCCAGAGCCAGUGGAGUACAUACCUAAACCCAAGGCUUCCCACGAGGCCUGUUUCCUCUGUGGCCAGGAGUGUAGAGGUGAUAUGAAAGUAGCAUUUGCCCAGGCCGGUGCUGGCAAAUCCCGUGGUGUGAUGUAUUUCCCCUUCAUCAAUAUGUUGCCGUGCCCACCGAACGCCCAGGCGCUGAGUAACGGCCGCGUCCACUGCUGUCCGCAGUGUCAUUUAAUCCUGGAGGAGAUCUGGAGCGCAUACAGGCUCAGCCUCACCGAGGAGCUCAUCACCUCCGUCAGCUCCUUCCUGGUCAGGUACCACGCUGCCAUGGCCACCGAAGGGUCCGAACCUGGCAGUUCCCAAACAGGUGUGGCCUGCCGCCCCGGCAGCUCCAUGUCGGUGUGUUACUUGUGUGGCGCUGAGUUGUUUGCAGGUGAGGAGUAUCAGCUGCACGUCAACCCACCUGGUCGCUGUGGGGAGAGGGAGCCUUUCUUUCCCUUUCUCACUGUCCACCCUCCUGCUCCUCGCGCCAAGCCGGUGGAUUCUACAGGCCUGGUGUCAGCCUGCAAACUCUGCUAUCAUGACCUGCGCGCUCAGUGGGCCCUGCACGAGAGCAAGGGCCCAAAUCACUCCAUUCCUUCUACGUCUGGUUUACCCGGUGCCAGUCCCCAGCUGCCCAGCUCCCCCUGGGCCCGGCAGUACAGCUGUGAGGCCUUUGUGUGCUUCUUCUGCAGGCAGGAGCAGCGCAGGCAAGGCAGGCUAUGCGCUGUCAACAUGGCCAGGCUCCCCGUGUUCCUGUACGCCCCCCGCAGCACGCGCACACUCCUGGUGGACGAUGGAAAGAGACUGGUGAUUGGCUCGUGUGUGGAAUGUAAGGCCAUGGUGCAGGUGGGACAGAGAAUGCAGCAGGACAGGGAGAGACUUGGACACGCAUCCUCCGGGGAGGAGAGGAGAGAACCGGAAUCGGCCUCUCCACGGCUGAGACACAUGGCUAGUGCUGUGAUUGAGGGUCCGGCCGAGACCAGUAAGGAGGAGAACUCAGGUUCAGGGUCCUCUCAGCCUGACCGCACCCCUUCUCACCCUGUGACCUCGGAGCCAGAGAAAGCGGACCCCCAACUUCCCAGCAUGAGCCAUGAGCCAAAGUCACCAUCUUUAGGAAUGAUCUCCACGGCGACUCGUACCACGGUGACGGUCAGCCCCCUCACCCCGUCACCUCUGAACGGUUCUAUUGUAGCCAAUGGAAGCCCGGCUACCCAGUCUGCCCACUCUGGAUUCGCCGCGGCCCUUCGUAAACUGGCAAAACAGGCCGAAGAACCCAGAGCUGCAUCCUCCAUCAGCAGUGAGUCCUCUCCAGUGUCCUCCCCAGCCACCAACCACAGCUCUCCAGUCAGUACGCCCAAGCGGGGUCCCCUCGGUCCAGGGCCUGUCCUGGUUCCCCCAGCUGGCCACACUGUGCCAAACACACCACCUGUAGUCACCAUUGCUCCAACAAAGACUAGCAACGGCCUCUGGAGGAGCGAGGGGCGCCAGGCUGACUCAGGGCCUCGUGGGGCCAGCAGGGAACGUUUGGGUGCUGAGGGGACCCUCCCCCAGGAAAAGGGUGGCCCCUCUGUCCCUGCCCACCUCCUGGGAAACCCCUAUGCCUUUGGUCUCACCCCUGGUGCUGUCAUGCAGGAUUCACGUUUCCAGCCCCUCAAUCUGCCCAGACAGUUGCCUAAUGCAGUACCACCCGGUCCGGUACCAGAGGAGUAUCUCCGUGGUUUCCGGCCCUACGCCACGGCUGAGGACGCCCUCCGCAUGCCCUCUUUGCCCUUGGGCCUCGACCCCGCGACGGCGGCUGCUGCGGCUGCCUAUUAUCACCCCAGCUACCUCCCCCACCCCUCCUUCACGCCGUACAGGAUGGACGACCCAUUCUGCCUUUCUGCUUUGAGGUCACCUUUCUACGCGCUGCCAGGAGGGGGAACUUUACCCCCCAUCCACCCCUCUGCUGUUCACAUGCACCUACCUGGGGUCCGCUACCCCGGAGAUUUCACGCACCCUUCACUGUCAGCACUGCAGUCAGAGAGGCUCCAGCUAGAGGAUGAGCUGCGGCAAAGGGACAGGGAGCGCGAGAGGGAGCGCGAGCGCGAAAAAGAGAGGGAGCGAGAGGCGGAGAGGGAGAAGGAGCGGGAAAGGGAACGCGAGAGGGAGCGGGAGAAGGAGCUGGAGAGGGAGCGAGAGAGGGAGCGGGAGAGGGAGCGCGAGAGAGAGAGGGAGCGAGAGGAGAAGGAGAGAGAGAAGGAGCUGGAGAGGCAGAAGGAGAGAGCACAGAGGGAGAAGGAGCUACAGGCGUCCAAGGCCAUGGAGAACCACUAUCUGGCCGAGCUCCACGCCAUAAGGACGCAAGAAGAGCGAACCAAGCCUGAAAGACUCACCCCCAACAGGGCUGAUAAAACCAAAGAGCCCGCCCUUCCAGCUCCCAAACCAGUCCCGCCAGGACUACACUCAGCAAUGGUCCAGUCCCAUCAUCCCGUCCCAGGUUUAAUCUCAGCCCACGGCCUCUACAUGGGGCCCGGCACCAUGGGGACGGGGCUCCCGGCCUCAAUGAACGCCCCGAGAAACAACGAGGAAGAGCGGUGGUUGGCGCGGCAACGCAAGCUGCGACAGGAGAAGGAGGAUCGUCAGUACCAGGUGUCGGAAUUCCGUCAGCAGGUCCUGGAGCAGCACUUGGACUUGGGCCGACCGGGCGACGCACCAGAUCACAGGACAGACCCGCACAGAUCCAUAACCAAUCACCACGAACCAGGAAGUCGAGACCUCCACCCUCACUUAGGCGCCCCUCCACCCCUCAUCUCCCCAAAACCUCCGCAGCCGACGCGCGAACACCACCCUCCACCUCCCACCACCCUGUGGAACCCCGCAUCGCUCAUAGAAACGUCCACCGAUUCCAGACGUAACCACGAGUCCUCAGGGAUGGUACACUAUGACCUCAGCCGGCUGCCCCCGGGGCCGUCCAAAUUUGAGGACGGAGCCAGAAGGAGAGAUGGGGGAGCGAUGGAAAAGUACCCGCCUCUGAGAGGUCCCUCAUCAGGCCUGACGGAGCCCAGCACGUUCCUUGCCGACCUGGAGAAAUCCACGCAGAGCUUCUUCAGCCAGCAGAGGAGCUCACUUUCCCUGUCCAGCCAGUACGAACUCGAGGGAGCUGUGAAAAGCGGCGCUGGACUUAAGGGCUUCCAGGGACACCCAGGGCACAGCAGACAUGGACAAGCGCUCGGGAUCAUUGCCGCACAAGGGGUGGGACAGGUAGCUACACUGGGAAUGGGCGCGGAGACGUUGCUGAUCUAUGAUGAGUACCUUCAGCAGCACCGGAGGCCCGUCAGCAAGCUGGACCUCGAGGAGAAGAGGAGGAGGGAGGCUAAAGAGAAAGGUUACUACUAUGAGCUGGAUGACUCGUAUGAUGAGAGUGAUGAAGAGGAGGUGAAAGCCCAUCUCAGGAGAGUGGCAGAGCAGCCCCCGCUCAAGCUGGAUGAGUCCACUGAGAAAUUGGACUUUUUCGGAGUGUUUGGCCUCACCACAGUGGGCCGGCGGGACGAGUUGGUGCAACAGAAGAGGAGGAAACGGAGGAGGAUGCUGAGGGAGUGCAGCCCCUCUCCCCCCGCCCUGCAAUCCAAGCGCACUCCACCGCCUCAGCUCAGCACGCGCUUUACUCCCGAGGACAUGGACCGGGCACCGGAGCUGGAGGACAAGAAGCGGUUCCUGACCAUGUUCAGUCUGUCCCACGUCACUGUGCAGCAGAGGAGAGAUAAUGAAAGGGUAGUGGAGUUGCUCCAGGCCAUUAAAGAAAAGAGUGUAACCCUGGAUACCAUCAGACAUGCCCCUCAUCCGCUGUGCAAGAGCCCCUCAGCGCAGAUCUCUGAGUCCACAUUUGUCCAGCCUCCCUCGGAUUCAGAGGAGCACAACAGUGUCAGACCACACAGCCCCUCCUCACGUGGCCCAGCGUCCCCCGGCGGCCACCCAAAACCUCUCGGGGACACAUUAAGACCAAAGGAACCCCCUUCUCCAGCUGUCUACCCGGACAAGGCCCGGGGGCCCAGUGAAGCACCGAUGCCUAAGAGGAGCGCCAGCCUUCUUAACAGUUUGCGGCCCCCGCUCCCCCAUCAGGCGAAGGAGGUCCCUCACAGUGUCAAUGGAUGCACCAAACCCUGGGACAGUUUCACCCCGGAGGAGUUUGCCCAGCAGUUUCACGAAUCUGUGCUUCAGUCCACUCAGAAGGCUCUGCAGAAACACAAAGGUGGAGCCGCGUCGAUGUCCGAGUCGUCCCACCUUCAGGAAUCCUCUGUGCACUACAACAUUCCCGAGCUUCAGAGCAACGCAGGCCGGCCGCCACAUCCGCAGUCGCACUCAAACGCACAUCCCUUUCCCCAUCCGCUCUCGCACGCUCACCCUCAGCCCAACGGGCAGCACUUCUCUGUGCCGCUGCACCGGGACGCCUCGGGCUCGAGAGAGGACCUGUCUGGGCCUGAGGGCUCUGAGGAGGAAGAGGAGGAGGAGGAGGAGGAAGAGGCUCCCACGUCCAGGUGGCAGGGGAUUGAAUCUAUAUUUGAAGCUUAUCAGGAAUAUGUUGAAGAGCAAAGUCUGGAGCGACAAGUGUUGCAGAACCAGUGUCGAAGACUCGAAGCUCAGAACUACAACCUCAGUCUGACUGCUGAGCAGCUGUCUCACAGCAUGGGGGAGCUGAUGUCCCAGAGACAGAAGCUGGCUAUGGAGAGGGAGAAGUUACAAGCGGAGCUGGAGCACUUCAGGAAGUGUUUGACGUUGCCACAGACACACUGGCCAAGAGGUGGCCAUUACAAAGGCUACCCUCCCAGGUGACCCCAACACACUGACCUGAAAGCUCCCAGGCGCUGGCCACCUCCUUUUUCCAGACUUGACACAAAGAGUUUAUUUUUCAUAGCCUGGUCCACGCAGCUCCUCAGAGGAGACGGCCGCAGGCUGGAUAAAAAUGAAUGAAUGGAUAGAUGAGAAUGCAUGGGAGACAUGCAGUGGGACAUUCAGUGAGGGGCAGCCAGGGACUGCACCACAAGCCACUUAUGUGUGCCAAUGUAGCCAACACCUGAGAUCAGCUCGCGAGUAAAGGGCAGGAAAACCUGAAGAUCAACACAAACACACACACACACGCGCACCUGCACCUGCUUCACACACAUUCUUUAGCUCCUGCUGCUCCGUUGUUCGGUCCCCGCAUCCCUCACUGCCACAUCUACCCAGACAAUCCUGCCAAUGAGGGAGAAGCUGCCCCCGGGAGGAGCGACGUCAAGAGACUCGAAGCGCUCCACAUCUCCAAGCGAAGGCUUCUGUUUAGUCGGGACUGACUUUCAUCGCAGUGGCCACAUGGGCUUAUGAACUGGAAAUGCACUUAAGAAGAAAAGCUGAAGAACUACCUGGUGGUACUGUGUUACAACAAAGAACUGUUCAAAUUAGGGAAGAACUUAGAAAAAAAUGCACAUGUUUUUGGAAAGAAUUAAGGAAAUGUUUUAUUUCGAGAUAGAAAAUUUGAGAAUAAGAAUUUUAAAAGGUGCUUCAGCCUUGUAUUGUAUAUAAUAUGAAGACUUAAAAGAAUUUUGUAUGUUUUUAUUACUUUAAUCAUUGUUCUUUUAAAAGAAAGCUUGCCAUUUUUAUAUGUUUAUGCUUUUUUUUUGUUUUGUUUUUUGGGUUGGAAAAGAAAGCCUUGCUUUUAGUGUUUGUACUGCUGCUGGCCAGAACAGCUCAUUCUGAGACAUUUUGACAGAGUGAGGGAAAACAGGAUACAUUCCUCCUCCUCCUCUUACACUCUUCUCCUGGCACUGCGCAGCUGAGAGCCAGUCGCAGCCGCCUCAGCCGAUCUCCGAGCACAGCAAAGCUUUACCCGGCGGUCCUGAGGAAACGGCUCCUGCCCUUUUCAUCCCUCUCCCGUCACAGCAGCGCGUGUCGUCUGCUUUUAAAGAUCACGUCAACCACGGUUGGCUCCACCGCUGCGACCGCGAGUCUCACACAGAAACCAGUUCAUAUCCAACGACGUGUAGUUUUAGUCGUUUUAAAAUUCACUUAUGAUGCCGUCUACCGCUGGACCUGCAUCUCACAUUGUAUGACAUUAUGUAGCAUCAAACAACAUGACGGUUUUACGUAAUGUUUUCCGCCUUACACGAGAUCGAGCCCCGAGACGGCAGUUCUGACAAGAUACUGUGCCAAAAUGGAGAAAAAAGGUAGCAUUUUGGAUUUGAGUUGCAAUUAGGUAGCCAAACAUUCAAACGCGAGUGUCCCGUCUUCCACGUCUGAAUACCUUCGACACCACAUGCCCCACAUUUUUAAGAUGCUCAAAGUUGCCAACAAGUCAUUUAAGUAGACUUAAUACAAAGUCAUAUUCAAACUGGGUAUUUCGUAAAAUCAGCUUUACUUGUUUACAUCCUGCCUGUCCUCCUCCCACCGCCUAUAGUUGUGACAGUUUUUACAAAGACAUUCUAACUCAUGUUGCCUCAUCCUCAUCUGCGAUCAGAGACCGUAGAGGCCAUCCACGCGGGGUUCAGAUCACCGUAUUGACUCUUUGGUGGUGGAAUAUCUGAAAAAACACAAUUAAGUAAGGUUUGAAAACGUAAAGUUAAUUUAUGAAAGGGAUAAAAAAGACUGAAGCACAACAACUACCCCAUGCUAAAAAUUUAUAUAUGACUUACAAGUGCCUCAAAAAUUUGGGAGCAUGUGAAUGAGUUGUGAUCCACGUUCCACACACAGCUGUGUUAUGUGCAAAUGAAGAACGGGUGCAUAAUUAUUUAAUCUAAAAAGCAUCUCAAAAUAAAACGAUUUCAUCAUUAUUACAAAAGGAGGCCUGAGCCAGAUCGGAGGGAUACAGUUUUAAGUCUGUCAUUUUUACAGAGCAGAAGAGAACCAAGAGUGCAGCUGAUCAGUUAAUGAAGGAGCAUGCAUGCCUAGGGAAGCUGCCAAUCAGCUGGGGGAGGAAGGUGAAGUCCAAGAAGCCCCCCCAUACCCAGCAACCCUGUGUCUCCAGCCCACGCACGCCCAUGCAAUAGCCCCAUUACUCAGUGGAGGAUGUCUAGAUGCUGUGAAAUCCUGUUCUGUUUUUAAAAAUGUACUUGUUUGAAUUCAUUGUAAUGUAAUAUAUUCUUUGUUGAAUGUAGUAAUUAGGUAUUUAUGAAUAUAUGGCUGUGAUUUCUGACAAAAAAGAAAAUAAAAUAUUUCAAAAAUGUCAAAUUA